AUGCCGCGCAACUACAUUAGAAAGACUACUCGACAAAACUGGAGUGAGACAUCGAUGCAAUCGGCACUAGAUGCUGUAAAAGAUGGAAUGGCUUUCAAAACAGCUAGUAGACAGUUUUCAGUGCCACUAAUGGCGUUGAAACGAAGAACCAAAGGAAAAAAUAAGCUUGCGAUGGGUGCGGUUAAGGUUCUGGGUAGUAAACAAACUGUUUUUACCACCGAACAAGAAGCAGAACUUGUCAAACAUAUAAAAGACAUGGAGAUAAGAAUGUAUGGUAUGUUUUCAUCCAAAAGGGAAAAAGCUGGUAUUGAGUGGCUAAAAGGAUUCCGAAAACGGCAUCCAGAUAUAACUCUUCGUGCUCCGGAAUCAACAUCAGCCGCUCGAGCACGUGCGUUCAACAAACCUGUUGUUGAUAAAUUUUUUUCGAUUUUGAAAGACACACAAGCGAAACAUUCUUUUCCACCGUAUAGAAUAUUUAAUGUCGAUGAAACCAGUUUAUGCACUGUCCCGACCAAAAAUACAAAGGUGUUUGCUCAAACUGGUCGUAAACAAGUGGCUAGAGUCACUUCAGCUGAAAGAGGUGACACCACAACAGCAGUAGUUUGCGGCUCUGCUACUGGAAACUUUAUACCACCGAUGUUUAUAUUUCGCAGAGUGCGAAUGAAGAUGGAGUUGAUUGAUGAAAUUUGA